AUGAAAAAUGCCCUAUGCCUGUUCUACCUGUUGAACUUCCCACUUGACGGAGGCGACAGGAGACAAACGCUCUACCGCGCGAAGGUAAGGAAGCCUAUCAAGAGGCAGGAGAGCAAACUUCAUCACGCGGAGCAUAACUACAGCUACCUAGACGAAGGAAGGAAUUCAGAAUAUGAGGAGAUCCUGAACGAUAUCAUUUAUGAGUACGAGGAGGAGGAAAGGAAAAAAAAAGUAAACAGAGGAAAUGGAAAGGUGGGCGAUGAAUUAGGGGGAGGCGAGAGGCAGGCAAGUGGCCACGAUAUCGGAAGCGAUUAUCAGUUAAGGCAUGGUACACACGAGAAAGGGGAAGAUGGAGGUAGGAGGACCUCCGAGGGAGAGAACCCGCAGAAAAAGGGCGCACACAAAUCGACCCCCCAGGAAGAAAUUAAAAGAAUAGAAAAAUUAAAAAGAAAUAAUUUCCUAAAUUUGUGCAACAUAAAUUAUGACGUGCUGAGCCUUCUGUUGAGGAAGGAAUUGAAAGGGGAGGAAGAAGAUGAAGACAAGCACUACAACAAAGUUAGCUUGCUGCUGGAGAUGGAGGCGGAGAAAAACGACAACGAAGAGGAAGAAGACGAAUACAAUGCCAAUGACGACGACAAUGAUGACGACAAGAAUGAUGACGACAACAAUGUCGACGGGGACAACGAAAACGACAGACGCAUGGAUAACCUCUACAUUGACGAUAGCCUUGGCAGAUACCUGCUCAAGCUAGACGGAAACUUUAUCAAUUCCAUCUCAGAGAAGGAAUUUCAUGUCCUGCGGAACAGGAUGUACAAGCAUAUUAUAUACCUGAAAUAUCAGUACCUCCGAAAGUAUAAGAUGGCAAUUCAAACCCUAAAACAGAAAAAGGAAACGCGCACAGAGCACAUUAACAAACAUGUUUCGGUGGUCUACGAGGAGGGGGAAGACAACAUGGAUCAUGAUAACCCCAACGAUGGUGCAUGUAACGAUCUGAACAGAGAAUCAAUCCGUAAAAGUGCUCAGAUAAGCCCUACCGAGCAGACGAAUAACCCACGUAAAGACAACAUCGCCAAGGUUAGCUUUCUACAGCCCAGUAACGACGACCCGGAAAAUCUCGAACAAAUAGAUGCGGAAUUGUCCGUAGAAAAAAUCAAAGAAAUAAUUGACGAUAAUCAAAGGCUCUCCAAACUGCAGAAAAAUUUUAACGACUUAAAAAAUUUCAACAUCUUUCAUCUUCUCGACCGGAAUCUUUUCCUCAACAGUCUACGUGUUAACAACUUCAGUUUUUACAACUACGAUUGCCCUUUGUUGUUCAGAACGAUGAGAUCCUUUGUGCAACAAAUUCGGCAGGGGCGCUUGGGUAUGUCUGUCCCCGAUAAACGCACGCACCUCAGCGACCAAGAGUGUAGCAAAGUGAGUGACGAAAAGAGAAACAACGACCCUGGGGAGGUCCAACAUGAAUAUACGCAAAACUUCGCCGAGGAUCGCUGCGCCUAUUUGUGCCUCCCCAAGAUGAGCGAUCGCGGUUUCCUCAAGUACCAAGACAAAUCCAUCGUAAUUAACGUUUCCACCAAGGGGGAUCAGGAAAAGGAGCACCUUCCCCCCGUCAAGGAACUAAACAUCGACACAGACAAAGGAAUUCUCAUCCUGAGCGCGAACGAGAAGAACCUCAACGUUCAUGUGAGAAAUAUAUGCGAUAAAAUUUCGUACCUAACACAGAGCCUUUCUAUAUGGCCGCAACUGGACUAUGGCAGUGAAGAACUUACCUCACGGAAUGUCCAUAUUAUAAAGAGGAUACUCAUGUUGAUGUUGUUCUACUUCGAUAUAAAGAACCUGUUCGUGAUCUGCUUGGAUAACACAAGCGCAGAGUUCUUUUACCAUUUUCUAAACAGAGAGGAUGAUAAUCUAUUUAAAAAUCUGCACACACAAAAAAACAAUCAACAGGAAGAAUAUCUAUAUGUCAACUUAAAUGAUAUAAAAUUUUCACACAUUUUUAACAGAAAAUUCGUGCCCUUAUACGAUAUGAAAAAAUUUUUUAAAAAUUAUGUGUUUCUCAUGAAAAAGGAAGAAAAGUUUUAUGACAUUUCCUCUUUUAAAAGAUCCUCUCUCUUUAUAUUCUUGGAUGAACAUACAGAUAAACACAAUCACGUAAUUUCCUCAAACGUACAACAUUUUUUUUACUACAAAAAGUUCGAUUAUCCAUUUAUUUACAAUCUUGACAAUAAGUAUACCCUAAACACUUUGCGUAGUUUUAACGAAAUACUCCUCUACCUUACCAGUUGGAUAGACAUUUUCCACACGGGGGAAAAUGAUACCAGUGGGGAUGGGGAAGAUGAUGAAGGUGAGCAGAGAGACGGCGAGGAUGGGGCACCAAGUCCUGAUGUAGAGGAGAUGGAUAAGGAUGUAGAGAAGGAUGAGGACGAGGAAGAAUUUAUUCAAAAUAUGCAAAAUGAACAAGAGGAGGAUCAAGAAAAUGAAGACGAGGAUGCUUACCAAAGGGAUGGAAGAGAGUGCGAUGGGGCGUAUGGGUCAGAGUUAGAUGGGUAUGAUAAUGAAACGCGCGAUCAAAAUGUGGAGGAAUAG